GAUGAAUACUUUCUAUUAAUAAUCCUUAAUACGCGCGCAACCACAGUUAAUUUUGUAGUUCAAGCUAGUUUUUGGUGUUACAGGUUUAUUUUGGACAUUUAAAAAUGGGCGGCUAUUUUAGCGCACAGCCGCAAAUUCGUGAUGACAGUUCGAGUUCGCAAAAUUCCGAGCCGAGCCUUAAUAAAAUCCAAGACCAAGUGCACACGGAGCGCAGUCUGAACCAACUGACAAACAGAGAACAACUGGACGAAUUCAAGUUGGAUCUGGCCAGGAAACACGAACGCAGACGAGAAAUUCUGGCGCAAAAACGCAAAGAGAUGGAAGAUCUGAGGCAGCAAGUGCAAAUGCUGAAGCAGGAGAACGAAAUACUGAGGAAAAAUAAACCCGAACAAGCUUUCGAAACGAUCGAGAUCCAACAAUUACGAAGAGAAAACGAGGAAUUGAAAAUAGUAGUUGAAGAUGCCCGAAAGACUGCAGACAAAAUCGAAGAUUUGGGUGUGAAGAAUAAUGAACUCAGAGUGCAAAUUGCCGAAAUGCAAAAGGAUCUUCAAGUUUUAAACAGCGAAGCGGUAAACUUUGAGCAGGAAAGAGAAGAUUAUCAAACCCAUGUGGUUGCUUUAAAGGACGUCAUCAAAGUCUCCAAGCACAUGCUACAAAUCAGGGAGGCACAGCUAAAGGAACUAAAAGAUAAAGUGGAAAACAUCGAACAAACGUUAGCCAGCAGAGAAAUGAACAUUUUAUCCCAAGAUUUACGAGAAGAAUACGAAAGGCAGCUACUAAACAUACGAAAUCUUAGGCAGCUAUACGAAGAACGUCAUAGAGCGAACAAACUGGAAAAAGAAGAACUUGCAACCAAACUGGAAGAAACCACAAAGGAACUUGAAGAUGAGCAUAAGAAAAAUCAAGAGCAAAACGAAAGAAUUACGCAAUUGGAAACAGAAAACUCCAACAAAUACGAUGAGAUUAAAUCACUUCAAAGUGAUUAUGGUUUGAGUAAGGCCGAGUGCAGAGAAUAUCAAGCAGAACUUGCUGUAAUCAAUCAGUUAUUUUCGCAAAUAUUGCUGGGUUUUAAUAAUACUCAAGCUCAAGGUAUUGAUUUGGAUAAACUGAAGACUCUACUGGAGGAAAAUCAUGGAUUAUUACAAAAUAUCGUCGUCAAUGAAAUAUCGAAGGAGGUAUCAUCAAUUUUGCCAAAAGUGCUUUUGGAUUUGGUGAAUCAAGUUAAAGAGAAGGACUUAGUUGAAGAAACCGAUCAAACACAAAUAGAAACAGAACCACAAGCAAACUCUAGUCACCAACUAAACAGCGUGGAGGAAAUUGUAGAAAACCUACCAAAAGUGUGGAGGGUUUUGAUUGAGCUAUUAAGCCAUCAAAAGGCUCCAAUCACCAUUAACUUAACCGAAGAAGAAACGCAAAAUCCUUGCUACAAAAGAGUGGAAACCACGAAGGGACCAAAUUUGGUGAUCAGUGUCAGCCAGACUUACAUCCAUCUUAAGAAUCUCAUAUUGGAAAAGAAAUCACUAGAAAAAGAAACCAACAACUUAAAACAACUGAACGGCCAUCUGGAAUCAAGGUUACAAGACCAGGAAAAGAGACUGGAAACAGUGACAAGCGAGCUCUCAAAGACAUGGCAUGUCGUAGGUAAACUUCAAAAACAACACAACUUGCUUCACACGCAAGAAAAAAUUCUACGCUACGAAUUGGCGCAAAAAAGAAAACUAUUGGGUCAACUUCGAGAAGAGUUGGAAUAUAGUAGGGAAAAAUGGUUGCAAGCGAGAGAAAAAAAUACCACAACCGAAAGAGAGUGGAAGCAAUUGAGGAAAGAAUUCGCUUCCAGACGAAAUAUUGUGACUGAAGACAUAAACAAUAGCUGUGAAAGUGGUUACAGUGAUGAUAGGGAGUGCUCUUCAUCUGACGAUGAACCUGGAUAUGAAACUGAUGUUUCAGAAUGCAACCAAAAGCCAGUAGAAGAAGCUUCAUCUUCAAAAGCAUGUGAUCAAAAUCCAGUCGAAGAUUUAGACGUUUUGGAAGAAAAAGUAGUUGAACAGGCAGGUGCAGUUGUUGAAGAAGCUGGUUCUUCAAUUGUUCCUGAAGAAAUUCCCAAUCCAAAUGAUGAUUCCCCUUUAAAGACUGAAGAAGUGCAACCUUUAAACCAUGAAAAGACAGAGAGUACAAAUAAAGAAGAAAUAACUGAACCCAGUACAUCUUCAAAGCAAGAAAGUUCUUCAUCUAGUCAAGAUCCAGAAGGAAAGUCGGAAAGUACAACUAAAAUUGAUGUAAAUAAGCCCAGUACUUCUCGUCAACAACAAAGUCAAGAAACACCAGAUAAACCAAGGAAAACUUUAGAAGAAGUUCUUGCAGCUAGAGAUGAGAGGCUAAAACGUCUGGAAUCCGAAGCUAAGCAGCUAGUUACCAAAGUAACGAAUACCAACAUUAGAAGUGGGGAUAUUAGUAAACAACUAGAUGAUUUGCAUGAAGUGUAUGGUGAGUCUUCAUCCAAUACUGAAGAUUUAAGUACAACUGUAAAUAGUGACGAUAAUAAUAAUAAUAAUAAUAAUGACAAUCAAGAAUAAUCUACAUAUCCUAAUUUUUUUAUGUAAACUUUGUAUUAAUUAAUCUGUACCUAAAUAACUUAUUUAAAUGUAUACUUUUUAUAUGACAAAUAAAUAUUUAUAAUAGUUUUACCUGAGUCUAGAUGAAAAGUCCUGUCCCUACCAAUGUCAAAAUCGAUUCAGCCGUUUCAAAAGGCAGCUACUAAACAUACGAAAUCUUAGACAGUUUUACGAAGAACGUCAUAGAGCGAACAAACUGGAAAAAGAAGAGCUUGCUUCCAAACUGGAAGAAAUCACAAAUUCCUUAAGGAACUUGAAGAUGAGUAAAAGAAAAACCAAGAGCAAAACGAAAGAAUUACGCAAUUGGAAACAGAAAACUCCAACAAAUACGAUGAGAUUAAAUCACUGCAAAGUGAUUAUGGUUUGAGUAAGGCCGAGUGCAGAGAAUAUCAAGCAGAACUUGCUGUAAUCAAUCAGUUAUUUUCGCAAAUAUUGCUGGGUUUUAAUAAUACUCAAGCUCAAGGUUUUGAUUUGGAUAAACUGAAGACUCUACUGGAGGAAAAUCAUGGAUUAUUACAAAAUAUCGUCCUCAUUGAAAUAUAGAAGGAGGUAUUAUCAAUUUUGCCAAAAGUGCUUUUAGAUUUGGUAAUCAAGUUAAAGAGAAGGACUUAGUUGAAGAAACCGAUCAAACACAAAUAGAAACAGAUCCACAAGCAAGCUCUAGUCGCCAACUAAACAGCGUGGAGGAAAUUGUAGAAAACCUACCAAAAGUGUGGAGGGUUUUGAUUGAGCUAUUAAGCCAUCAAAAAGUUCCAAUCACCAUUAACUUAACCGAAGAAGAAACGCAAAAUCCUUGCUACAAAAGAGUGGAAACCACGAAGGGACCAAAUUUGGUGAUCAGUGUCAGCCAGACUU